AUGCCGCCGGCCCGGGCGCUCUUGGCCGGCCUGGCCCUGCUGCUGCUGCUGCUGCUGCGGGCGCGGCGGAGGCGCACGUGGCGGCCCCGCGCCUGCCCGGUGGACCUGCGCGGCAAGACGGCCCUGAUCACCGGGGCCAACAGCGGGAUUGGCAAAUGCGUCGCUCUCGACUUGGCGCGCAGGAACGCACGCACCAUCCUGGCCUGUAGGGACCAAGCCAAGGGGCAGGCUGCGCUGGACGAGAUCCGCAGGGCGGCCGGCAACCCCAAUGUGGACCUGCGUCUGCUGGACGUCAGCUCUGUGGCCUCCGUCCGAGAGUUUGCCAGGCGGUUCCUGCAGGAGGAGCGCCGGCUGGACAUCCUGGUCAACAACGCGGGAAUCACAGGCUUGCCAGUCACACCCACCGCUGAGGGUCUGGAGCUGAUGUUUGCCACCAACGUCCUGGGCCCCUUCCUGCUCACCAACCUGUUGCUGGGCAUUUUAAAGGCCUCCGCCCCGGCACGGAUCGUUAAUGUCUCCUCCUUCGUGCACCACAAGGGGACCGUCAACGUCAAGUUCUUGACCGGUGAGGAGUGGCCGAAAAGCUUCAGCCAGGCCUACAACAGCUCCAAGCUCAUGAACGUGGUCUUCACCAUUGAGCUGGCCAGGCGGCUGCAGGGCACAGGGGUGACUGUCAAUUCCCUGAACCCGGGGGUCGUCAAGACGGGCAUCAUGCGCCAUUUCCACUGGGCGAUCCGCCUGCUAUACAACAUCUGCGGCAUCUUUAUGCAGUCAGCAGAAGAGGGUGCCGUCAGCACACUGUACUGCGCCGUCUCCAGGGAAGUCGAGGGCAUCACAGGCAGGUACUUUGACAGCGACUGCAGCCUGGCGCUGCCUUCUGACCGUGCCCAAGACCCAGGUGUCUCCCGAAAACUCUGGGAUGCCAUGGAGCAGCUGACCGGCCUUGGGAACGGCGAGACCAAGUGA